UUAAUGAAAGCCCUCCCCCGGGUUUAGGGGAAAAUAGCUCGGCGCUACCCAGCCAGAAGCCAUUGUACUAUGAGACACACUCACGUAUAUUGAGUUAAUUCGUAUAAUAACGUGUUGAACGGGGUUUAAUACGAGAGAGCGGUAACACCCGAGGAGCAUAACUAUAGACUCAAACAGUGAAACAAAGAGUCGAAGAGCUAAAGGGCAACAUUCACAGACAGCUGCAUUUUUCUACCCGGGACGUUGAAAGCUUGGCGGAGGGAUUCAACCGACUUCGGAAGAGGACGAGCCGCCGCCUAAUUCCGCACCAACAGACUCUUUCCUCUCUAUAUCUUUGUUUUUCAGUCCGUACUUAGAUUUUCUCUUAGGUCUGUGCCCUUAUUUAGAUGGCAAGCUUCCCAGACUCUGUCAACGAAAAUGAUAUAGGUAAGGCUAAGUUCAUCGGUGAACUCCUGGUGCCUGUUGCUCCCUUCGACCAGAAGUCUGGGCGCGAGGCUUGGACAGUAGCCUUUGCACCCAAUGGUUCCUAUGUUGCUUGGUCUCAGGGACAUCGCACUGUCAGGCUCAUUCCCUGGACAAAAUGCUUGAAGAACUUUUCAAUGGGCCAUGGCGGAGAGGGCACCAAUGCCUCAAGUCCUCGACAUUUGUCCUGUCAGAACAGCAACAGAGGCCAGGUAAUCCCAGCAGCCGGAGAGCCCCGUGAGCACACCAUCGACUGCGGUGACAUCGUCUGGGGCUUGGCCUUCGGCUCCUCGGUGCCAGAGAAGCAGAGCCGCUGUGUUAACAUCGAGUGGCACCGCUUCAAGUUUGGACAGGACCAGCUGCUACUGGCAACAGGCCUCAACAAUGGUCGGAUCAAGAUCUGGGAUGUUUAUACUGGAAAACUGUUGCUGAAUCUGAUGGAUCAUACUGAUAUAGUGCGAGACCUGACCUUUGCUCCUGAUGGCAGCCUCAUGCUGGUCUCUGCAUCCAGAGAUAAGACCCUCCGUGUGUGGGACCUCAAAGAUGAUGGUAAUAUGGUGAAGGUUUUGCGGGGGCAUCACAACUGGGUGUACUGCAGCGCCUUCUCCCCUGACUGCUCCAUCCUGUGCUCAGUCGGCGCCGGCAAAGCAGUGUUCCUAUGGAACAUGGAUAAGUACAAGUUGAUCCGGAAGCUGGAGGGGCACCACAAUGAUGUGGUGUCUUGUGAGUUCUCUCCAGACGGGGCGCUGUUGGCCACUGCCUCGUAUGACACCCGGGUCAUCGUGUGGGACCACCACAAGGCCACCAUCCUGCUGGAACUAGGCCAUCUCUUUCCUCCUCCAUCACCUAUUUUCGCUGGAGGUGCAAAUGACCGCUGGGUUCGCUCUGUGAGCUUCUGCCCUGAUGGCCGCCACAUCGCCAGCAUUACUGAUGACAGGCUGGUGCGUUUCUGGAGCAUCGAGGAACGAGCUCCUCAGGCCAUCGCCUCUCUGUCCAAUGGCCUCUGCUGUGCCUUCUCUGCUGAAGGAAGUGUCCUUGCUGCUGGGACUCGGGAUGGUAGUGUGCACUUCUGGGAGUGUCCUCGUAGCGUAGCCAGUCUGCAGCACAUGAGCAGGAUGGCCCUUCGCCGCGUGAUGACCACCCAGCAGGUGGAGACCUUGGCCAUUCCCACGCCACUCCGUGACUACCUGACCUACAAAGUCAUCUAAUCCCCCCCCCCCUCCCCGCCUCAGCACCAGCUCAUGCAACUGCACCUUCAGCUGCAUGCUGGGAAACCAAUGAAUCCUGAAAAAGAACAGUUUUUCAUCAAACUCUGAACAAACACAAGUGAUCAGGACAGGAGCAAGAUUUCAGUCUGCUGAAACCUCAUGCUAGUCUCACCCCCCCCAGCACCUUCACGUCCAGCAGGAUGUUGUUGUGUUGUGUGCAUCUCUUUAAAGAAGUGCUUUAGUAAAUGAGUGUGCUGGAGCCAGCGCACCACCUCUAGGUGGACAUAGUGAUUUCUCUCUUAUCUCAGUGUGGCACCUGUAAGUGUUCCUGUUCCAGAGCUCCUGUUCCAGGUGGCUCCACCAGGAUCAGUACAGCGUUCAUCUAUUCUUCUGACUGCAAACAGCUGUUGCACUUGUGAGAAGCUUUGCUGUGGAGCUUGCUCUUAAUAUCAGCUUUCUGUUUGCAAGUGUGUGGGCUAAAGGGAAGAGGCACAUGGGAGGUUUCGAGGAUGCAGGGUUUUGAAGGCUAAUAGUCCGAUCUGUGGGAGUACACUAAAUUAUUGUCAUGGCAUAAAAGAAUAAACAGUGAAGCACUUGUAUUCCUCUGAAACAGUAUUUACUCACCAGAAAAAAUCAGAGCGUCUCAAUCACACCAGAAGUUAGCUACUGUGGGCUAGCAUGCUAACAUCCAGCCUGUUAGAACCCUCACGAUCAGCCGACAAACCACACAAAAUGAAACCUUGAGAUGCCAAAGAUGUGUCAACACUCUAAAGUUUCUUUUUCCACUGUAAACUGAAAAACAAAUUGAAGGGGAGCUCAUCAGAAAAUGC